AUGGCUUAUAAUAAUAAUAAUAAUAACAAUAACAAUAACAAUAACAAUGCUCCUAUUUAUUCAACAUCUCAGGGUGCCCCACUUGCUGAUGCUUUUGCAACUCAAAGAGUGGGUAAAUUCGGCCCUUUAUUAUUGCAAGAUUUCACUUUAAUCGACAGUUUAGCUCACUUUGAUAGAGAAAGAAUUCCUGAAAGAGUUGUCCACGCUAAGGGCUCCGGUGCUUAUGGUUACUUUGAAGUAACUGAUGAUAUAACUGAUAUCUGUGGUUCAGCAAUGUUUAAUAAAGUUGGUAAGAAAACAAAGACUUUUACUAGAUUUUCAACCGUUGGUGGUGAAAAGGGUUCUGCUGAUAGUGCAAGAGACCCAAGAGGCUUUUCCACCAAAUUUUAUACUGAAGAAGGUAAUUUAGAUUGGGUUUAUAACAACACUCCAGUUUUCUUUAUCAGAAACCCAAGUAAAUUUCCUCAUUUCAUUCACACUCAAAAGAGAAACCCUCAAACCAACCUAAAAGAUGCUACUAUGUUUUGGGAUUAUUUAACCAGCAAUCAAGAAGCUAUUCACCAAGUUUGUAUCCUUUUUUCUGAUCGUGGCACUCCUGCUUCUUACCGUAACAUGAAUGGUUACUCUGGUCAUUCCUACAAAUGGUCAAAUAAAAAUGGCGAUUGGUAUUAUGUUCAAGUUCAUUUAAUCAACGACCAAGGAAUUAAAAAUCUCAAUAACGAACAAGCAUCAGAAUUAGGCGGUACUAAUCCAGAUUUUGCUCAAGAAGAUUUAUUUAAUGAAAUUGAAAAGGAAAACUUCCCAUCAUGGACUGUUUAUAUCCAAUAUAUGACCGAAAAACAAAGCAAAACUUUGCCUUUUUCUGUCUUUGACCUAACUAAAGUCUGGUCCCACAAAGAAUUCCCACUACGUAGAGUUGGUAAAUUGGUUCUCAAUAAAAACCCAGAAAACUAUUUUGCAGAAGUAGAGCAAGUUGCUUUCUCCCCAUCUCACACUGUUCCAUACCAGGAACCUUCUGCUGAUCCUGUUUUGCAAUCCAGAUUAUUUUCAUAUCCUGAUACUCAACGUCAUAGAUUGGGUGUCAAUUACAAUCAAAUUCCUGUCAAUUGCCCAUAUGCUUCAAGAGGCAUCAAUCCAACUCUUCGUGAUGGUGCUAUGCAAGUUAAUGGAAACUAUGGCUCAAUGCCCAAUUAUUUAGCCAGCGAUAUGCCAGUUGCCUUCAGAAGCGAUGUCAAACAUCAACAACACCAGGAAGUCUGGUCUGGCCCUGCCUUGCCAUUUCAUUGGGAUGUUGUUGGUGACAUUGACUAUGUUCAACCAAGAAUUUUGUAUCAAAAAAUCCUAUCAAAACAACCUGGCCAACAAAAGGCUUUGGCCCACAAUGUUGCUACACAUGUCUCAAGCGCCAGACGUGAUAUCCAAGAUAAGGUGAUUAGGAUGUUUGCUAAAGUCGACGAAAAUCUUGCCAAUGAAAUCAAGAAGGAGAUGCUCGAGUUGUCCCCUCGUACUGGUAAGUGUCCAUACUCCAACAAAUUGUAA